AUGGUCUGCCUCCACAUCGUAGCGCAUUUCAUCAUCGCCCAUCUUCAUGGCCAGAAGUUCCCGUCGACCGGGGCGGCUCUAGCAGCUGCAUCUUCUGUUCUUCGUCUUGGUUUCGGCGCUGCCCCCCUGCGCCUCAAUUUGAUUGCCAACCAUGCCAAGCGCAGCAGGUUCCUCGUGAUCUGUGCCCCGUGGCGGCGCAAGCAGCGCACGGCGGAGAGCUACAUCUUCUGCGACGCAGCGGGCCCGCUCCUGACGUUCAUCCCGGUGCCGUGCAGCGCGAUGGCCGUUUUCGCCGCGAUGGCGGGCCUGGCCGUGAGCACGCUCCCGCAGAGGCGCGGCAAGAGGAGCGACGCAGCGGUUGAGAAUAGACGCCGUCAGCUUCAGUUCAAACACGGCCUGAAGGACACAGGCAACAAACUGCACGACCUCGCGUAUAUCGAGGACCACCCGUCGGAGAAUUCGUCGGGCGCCAUCGAGGAGGCAAAGAAGGAGGUCUUGGAUCAGAUCAUAGGAGACACGCAGUCAAACAUGGACGAGCAAGUUCGGCAGCAGUUCGACUUACUGAGGCAGGAGUUCGCAGCCCGAAUGAGUCAGACCGUCGACGAGAUGAGGAGGCUGGAGAACGAGAAUCAACGGCUUCAGCAGCAAGUAGCAGGAGGCCUCGCGGCGAUCCCGCAGGCGAUCGAGCGCAUGGGCGAGCAGAUCCGAGGCGCUACGAACGCGGGAGGAGCCGCACCCGGUCUCGUCGACACGAAGGGGAUCGGCAAGCCCACGACGCUAGGCGACGAUCAGGAGAAGUUCGGAGCUUGGAACCGCAAGAUGGAGAACUACGUGAUAGGCGUGUACGGAGAGAGCUUCCGUCCUGUUCUCCGGUGGGCGGCAGAAGCCGAACGCCCCGUGACGAUCGAAGGGGCACAGGAGGCGCACGGAGGAGUACCAGAGCUGGAGACCAAGAUCAACCAGCUGUACGCGGCGCUGAUCAGCACGACGGCGGACGGCAGCGAGAGCAACGACCUCGUGACGGGCGCGCCCGACGGGAACGGUCUCGAGGCCUGGCGGAAGCUUCACCGCAGGUGGGACCCGACGACAGGUCCGAGGAAGAGGCUGAUCCUGAGGUCGAUCAUCUCGCCUCCGAAGUGCAACGCGGAAGAGCUGGGGUCCGCCUUAGAGAAGUGGAUCCAGCAGAUAGGCAAGUACGAACGCCGCCAAGGAGAAGACGGGCUGGCCGAGUUGCCGGAGGAUAUCAAGAUGGCGGCCCUCGAGAUGCUCGUGCCUCAGGACAUCGAGAACCACCUCGUACUCAACAAGCAUCGGCUCGUGACGUUCCAGGACAGCCUGAACGAGGUAAUGACGAUCGUAGAGGCUCGGACAGGCGUGAAGAUCAAGGCGGCAGGCAGCCUGGAGGAGGAGCCUGAGGCGGAGGUCGCCGCUCUGGACAUGGGCAGCUUGGACUGCCUGGAGCUCGCCAGCGGCAACGGCCGCGGCGUAGCGGCGGUCGACCUCUCCCCCUUCGUGCAGGACGACUGGAUGAAGUUCAACUGGGACAGCGGUGCAGCUGUCUCAGCAUUCCCUCGGAGCUUCGCGCCGCCGACGGGAAUGAAGGGCAACGGCAGCACGUAUCGUACGGCCAGUGGUGAGCUCGUCCCGGACGAGGGCAGCUUGCAGCUCAAGGCGGAGGACGAGUACGGAGUGCUCAGAGCGCUCAAGGGACGCGUGACGAACGUGCACAAGCCGUUGAUCUCGGUGGGGCAGGCAGCAGGAGCUGGACAGUGUUCAUUCCUAGGCCGCAAUGGCGGCUGGAUAUUCCACGAGAAGAGCCCAAUCGGCAAGCGCGUGGUAGACAUGCUGGAGAAGGAGGCGAAGACGGCGAAGCACCAGAUGCUGCCGGUCUAUCGUGAGCAGGGAGUCUACAACUUCUACCUCAAGAAGGGCCAACAUGGCUCGGUUGCUCCUCUCGAGGAGGGACUUUCGGCGAAGUCGAAGUCCGAGCUGGUGGAGCUCCUCAGCAGCAAGUCGAAGGAGGAGCUGCUGGAGAUCUUCGAGAGGACAGCACCUCACGAGCCCUCUCAGAGGGAGAUCGUCGAGCACGAGGCGAUGGGACACGCGACCUACCGCAGCUGGUGUCGCGUGUGUAUUGCGGCAAAGGGCCAAGGCCAGCCGCAUCUCCGCGCACCGGAGGACGACGAGACGGCGGUGCCGGUGGUCUCGUCCGACUACGCCUUCAUGGGCCAGGACGACGCGGACACCAUGCCGAUGCUGGUCCUUAGGGAUCGACGCUCGAAGAUGAUGGCAGCGACAUUCGUGGAGAAGAAGGGCGACGACGCCUACGCCAUCAAGUUCUUCGCACGCUUCUUACGGAUCCUGGGCUACAGGAAGAUCGUCAACAAGUCCGACGGCGAGCCAGCGAUCCUGCUGGUCAAGAGGCGUGCGGUGGAGGAGGUUCCUGGCCUCGAGGCCAUUCCCCAGGAGUCGGCACCGGCCGAUCAUCAGGCCAAUGGGGAGAUCGAGGUCACGGUGCGCGAGAUCAAGAAGCAGGUGCGAGCGCUCAAGAUGGACCUGGAGUCCAAGCUGGGCGUCAAGGUGGAGGACAAGCACCCAGUGCUAGCGCACCUGCCGGAGCACGCCGCAUCGGUGAUCAACCGAUACAGGCGCGGCCAGGACGGCAAGACCGCUCUUCAGCGGCUCACGGGACGGCAGUGGAGGAAGCCGGUCCCGCUCUUCGGUGAGCGCCUGAUGGUGCGGUUCGCCGGGGAGCGCGCGAGGAAGAACGCGCUGGAGGAGCAGAUGGUGGAGGCUCGCUACAUCGGCCACCACCCGCGCGACGGCUCGAUGAUGGUCAUCACGAGCGACGGUGUGAAGAAGGCGGUCGGCUUUCGCAGCCUGCCGCAGAGCGAGAAGUGGAUCACGGCGGGCUGGGACAGCCUGAAGGGCCUGCCGUGGGACGUGGCUCCGCGUGCGGCCAGUGCGCCGCGAGCCAUCGUCGGACCGGGAGAGGCCGGUCCGCCACCGAUUGUGGUGGUGCCGCCGCAGCCGCAGGCGCCGAGGAGGAUGUACGUUCUCAAGGCGGACGUCGAGCGGCUGGGCGCAACGCCGGGAUGCCCAGGGUGCGUCUCGAUCGCCAAGCACGGCAAGGUGCUGGCUGGCCAUGCGCACAACGCGGUGUGCAGCAAGAGAAUCUUCGAAGCGCUGGACGCUGAGGAGGCAGGCCGGGAGAGGACCGGCCAGUAUCGAGAGCGGAGGCAGGGCCAAGAGGCCAGAGUCCGCCCGGCGGCAGCGGCCGCGGCAGGGACCCCUCCGCCGAAGACGGCUCGGAGGAUCACCGAGCCGGUGGCAGCGGCGGCGUCGGCGCCGGCCGCGAGCCGAUCGGCAGCAGCGCCAGCCGCAGCGGCGCGCAUGCGAGAGAGCCAGCCGGGAGCAUCAGGCUCCGGCGUGGCGGCUCCUUCAGGAGGAGCGAGCUCCAGUUCGGGAGCAGUGAGAGCGGCAGAGGCCGCCGAGGAUGUCGACAUGACCGCGACCAGGUCGCGGCUGAAGCGCUUGGCGGAGGUGGCCCCGGAUGACGUGCCGGAGGCCCUCGAGCGCGGUGAUCCACAGCCGGCAGACGUGCCGGUACCGGUGGACAUGGAGGAUCUCGCGGCGCAGCCGGCGCCAGCGGAAGGACCUCAGCUGCCAGCUGGAGUGGCAGUCGUGUGGAACGCCAGUGAGGGGAGACACAUGCGGGUGCUCGCUCUCGACGUGGCGUCGAUCGAGCUGGUCGAGCUCGGAGUGCUGACGAGAGCGAAGGCGGAGUUGCUUCCGCUCGUUCGCGAGCAGGUCAGCGGCCAUUGGGCCAGCGUCGGCGUGGACAUCGCCGACGAAGAGGUGGACAGCAUCGCCUUAUCGGCGUUGCAGCUGGCCGCCGUGGACGUGGCAGAGGUGUACUCGCCACAUCGGUUCUCGGCUCGGGCGGCGGAGUUUCAGCUGCGCCCGGGCUUCGCGGCGGACCUGGAGGAACUCAAGGAGGACGGGGCGCCGUGGGACUUGCGGCGACCCGAGGAUGUCAAGGAGCUCGAGGAGCAGCAGGAGCGGAUGGAUCCCAUCCUGCUCACAGGGUCCCCUCCAUGCGAGAAGUUCAGCUUGCUGAGGGGCCUGAGCGCCAAGUUCAGGACCGAUGAGCAGGAGGCGGCUGAGAUGGAGGAGGCCAGACACCACCUGAAGGUGGCAGUCGACGCCUACUGGCGUCAGCUCAGGAAGCCAGGCAGGUACUUCCUGCAUGAGCAUCCCUGGAGCGCGCGAUCGUGGAAUGAGGACAUCGUCAAGGAGCUGGUCGCGCAUCCAGGAGUCUUCACGGUCAAAGGCCCCAUGUGUCGGUGGGGCAUGAAGCUCACGAACCCACGCAGUGGCCAGGAGGAGUUCGUGCGCAAGGAGACCGGGUGGGUCACCAACCACCCAGGCUUAGCCCGGAGACUGCAGGGCACUUGCAGCAAUGUGGACGGACGCGCGGAGUGGCAUCGCCACAUCACGCUCGUGGGCGGCAUCGCGCGGUUUGCGAAGGUCUAUCCACCGAAGUUGGUGGAGGCGGUGCUGGAGGAGCUCAAGGACACGCUGAAUGACGUGGGGGAGCUCAGCACCGCCCAGGUGCAGCAGUCGGGCCCAGUCCCUGUGGACGCGGCGGUGCCGCCCGGGGACUGGACGAGCUACUGGGACGACGUCAAUGGCGGCUACCUGGAGGCGGGCCUUGUGGCCCAGGCUCGCGCGGUCGAGCGCGAGUGGGUCAAGAAGCAGGAGCUGAUCGAGAUCGUCCCGAGGUCUCAGGCUUUCGCUGAGACUGGGCGUCCGCCCAUCCCACUCAAGUGGGUCGACACGAACAAGGGUGACGCGGAGAGGCCCAACUACAGGAGCAGGCUCGUCGUGAAGGAGAUCAAGGCGAAGAAGCGUCCUGACGAGCAGCUGGAGGCGUCCGAGGUUUUCUCGGCAAUGCCUCCGCUGGAGGCCAUGCGGUCGCUGGUCUCGCUGAUGGUCACGUGGACGCGGGAAGCACCGCUCCACAUUCAGGAGUCGCUUCGCAGGAAGGGCAGGAAGCCGGGCAACUUCAAGAUCGGCUUCUUCGACAUCAGCAGGGCGCACUUCUACGGGAAGGCGCAGCGGAGGAUCUUCGUGGAGCUGGAGGAGGAGAGUCGCAAGGAGUACGGUGAGGACAAGUGUGGCUUACUCCUCAAGUCCUGGUACGGCACGCAGGACGCCAGCAAGAUCUGGCAGGGCGACUACACGGAGCUGUUGGAGGAACACGGCUACAAGGCGGGCGUGUCAUGCCCAGCGGUCUUCUACAAGGAGGUGGACGAGACGAGGCUGCUGGGGCACGGCGACGAUUUCGCGGUGCUGGCUCAGCAGCAGGACAUCGACAGCUUCGAAGCCACGUUAGGCAAGAAGUACGAGUUCAAGAAGACUGCGAACCUCGGCUUCGACGAGGGCGACGACAAGCAGGCGGUCUUCCUGAAUCGGGUCAUCGAGGUCAGUGCGGGAGUUCCGCCUGGCGGUGGCCGACCCUGCCGGCAUGCGAUGAUCGAGCCGGACAAGCGGCACGCAGAGAUCGUGAUCGACGAGCUGGGUCUCAGCAAGGCCAACGGCGUGGACACGCCGAUGGAGAAGCGCAGCGCCGACAAGCAGAUGAUGGACGCGAAGUCGGCGGCGCUGGGAACGGCGGAAGCUUCGCGCUUCCGAUCCCUCACCAUGAGGGUAGCCUACCUGUCUCAGGACAGGCUGGACUUGGCAGAGGCAUCGAAGACGCUCGCCAGGUCCAUGCAGACGCCGACGGAGGCGAGUUGGCUCAUGCUCAAGAGGGUUGGCCGCUACCUUAAGCGGCAUCCCAGUACGGUGACGGUCUUCACGGAGCAGAAGAUGUUCGACAAGAUCCGAGUGUACGUGGACUCCGAUCAUGCGGGCUGCGCAGUCACUCGGAAAAGUACCGGAGGCUUCGUGGCGAUGCUGGGGCAUCACGUCAUCAAGCACGGCAGUAAUCUUCAGUCGACGGUCUCUCUGAGCAGUGGGGAGAGCGAGUACUACGCCCUGGUGAAGGGCGGGAGCGUGGGCCUGGGUCUACACAGCCUCUUCGCAGAUUGGGGGCUGGACCUGAAGGUGGAGCUCGCCUCAGACUCAUCGGCGGCCCGGGGCCACGUCCAACGGCGAGGUCUCGGGAAGAUGCGACAUGUUCAAUCCCGAUACCUGUGGAUCCAGGAGCGCGUGGGCAAGGGCGACCUCUCGAUCGCCGCGGUUCCUGGUAAGAACAAUGUCGCGGACGUGCUGACCAAGAGCGUGGGCCGGCGGGAGCAGAACGGAAACGGCUCCGCUGGCGGAGGCGCGUCCAGCUCGUCGGCGGCGGCUGCCCUGCCUGCGGACGACGCCGCCAUCGCGGCGUGGCUCGAGGCGGGCAAGAGGAGGAGGCUGCGCGUGGACGAGGAGGUCCUCGCCGCCGACGAGGUGGACGCCCGGCUGCGGGCCUGCGCGGCCUUCCUGGAGCGGGCGCGCGCCGACGCCUGGGGGCCGCGCGCGCCCGGCGGCCCGGAGGACACCGCGCGGGCAAACUUCAAGGGCGUCGACGCGUUCUCUCUGGCAUCUCUGGAGGGCGCCGAGGCCGCUGGCGCCGCCGCAGAGGUGCGCCCGCUGCGCCCGGGCGGGGCGGACCAGGCGCUGCGGCAGGCGCCGCUGGAUCCCCGGACGAGGGAGGAGUGGCUGCGCCGCGUCCGGCAGAGGACCCUGGGCGAAGAGGCGUCCCGCCGGCACGGCGCCCUCGGGGCGCAUGGCGGCCGCUAG